UAACUGGGAAACGUGGGAUCUGCUGGCGGGAGCUAUGGCUGGCUUGGUUGACUUCCAGGACGAGGAGCAGGUGAAGUCCUUUCUGGAGAAUAUGAAGGUGGAGUGCAACUACCAGUGCUACCGCGAGAAGGACCCAGACGGUUGUUAUCGCCUGGUGGACUAUCUGGAAGGGAUCCAGAAGAAUUUCGAUGAAGCGGCCAGAGUGCUGAAGUUCAACUGUGAAGACAACAAACACAGUGAUAGCUGCUACAAACUGGGGGCCUAUUACAUAACUGGAAAAGGUGGACUGACUCAAGACCUGAAAGCUGCCUUCAGCUGCUUUCUGAUGGCAUGUGAGAAGCCCGGCAAGAAGUCUGUGGAAGCCUGUCACAAUGUUGGUCUCUUGGCUCAUGAAGGAGAGGUCAAUGAGGAUGGCCAGCCUGACCUAAGAAAAGCUCGGGACUACUACACCAGGGCCUGUGAUGGUGGUUACGCUCCCAGCUGCUUCAAUCUCAGUGCCAUGUUCCUGCAAGGUGCUCCUGGCUUCCCCAAGGACAUGUCUCUGGCUUGUAAAUACUCAAUGAAAGCUUGUGACCUGGGCCACAUUUGGGCCUGUGCCAAUGCCAGUCGCAUGUACAAGCUGGGGGACGGUGUUGAUAAGGACGAGGGUCCUGCUAAGUUACCCAGGCUCAUGUUGAACUGAUGAUCUUCCUACCUGGCCUCUGGAGUAGCUGGGAUUAUACCUGUGUGCUUCCAUGUCUGGUUUGAAUACACACACUUUUAAUUUACCAAUUACAUAUUAAGAAAUAGAAAAAGUAACAACAGAAAGGCCAAGGCUGUUUCUUGCUGCCACACUUCCACUAAUUGUUUGUCUCUCUGGCAUCUCCCUUUUCCAUUUUGAUUUCAUCUUUCAAGACCCCAGAAGACCUCACCUGGUCCCUAGGCUGUGACAGAGGAUUUCCAUGUCCACAUGUGUGCCGAGCCUGCAUCCCUCACAGCCCUGACUGCGCCAUGCCCGCUUCUGUGAACCUGUGGUCUCUGCUCCUGAGAAGUUCUGGGGAACCAGGACUCGGCCAGCUCUUUCUACCCAUAGUGUCCAUAGGGAGGCUGGGCCAUCCGUGGCCAGUUACCUAGUGAAUAGCACAGAGGGGCACAGCAGCAGCCUCUGGCCACCCCAGGCGGGUGCAGGUUUCUCUCACAACUGAGGUCAUUUGCAGGGCUCUUCUCUGAAACUCCUUAACAAGAAAAACCAUCUCUGUAGAAAGCUGGUACGGUUAGGCACAUGUUGGGUCAGGACUCUUAGGUUGUGUUCUUUAAAAAAAA